ACCUACUGUUCUCUCUAUGUUCUUAACUUCUUAAGUUGGCUUAGCUAUUUGUUGUGAAACAGUACCAUUUUCAUUUGACCUUUUUUUUUAAAUUAUAGAAAUUCAAGAUAUUUUCUGAACAAAGAUAUUUAUUUAAUGCUAAGUUACUCCAGUUCAUUAUGUCAUUUUGUGUAUUAAUCAGCAUCUGCAGUUUGUUGUCUCUGCCUUUUUAUUUACAGACCAAUACAUUUCAAUGCAUAUUGACUACAGAUGGGAUUUUCUCCUUUGCUUUGUUAAAAUAUUCUGCAAUGCUCUGGCUUCCUGGUCAGAGAUUAUUUCACAGAGCAUUAAUGGGCUACACAAAUGGAAAAGGAAUAUUUUACAAUGACCCACAAACACAAAAAAAUAAUACCUAUGCGUCAAAAGGAAGGUACAGGCCUGAUCAAACAAUUGGAAACACAGGACUUCGUGGACAAUGGGCUUAUCGAUUGGACCUUCAAAACACUGGCAAAUACAGUACUAACUACCAGCAGAAGUGUUGGCAUUGGCAUCUAAAUGAACCAAAUCCUUCUGCCUGGAAUACCAAUAUACAUUCAUGUCCUUGCCAUUUGACACAAGCGAAGGAAGACAACCGUUUUAUACCUGAAAUUAUGUUAUUCAAUCAUUUGACUGAACAGAAGCUUGAGGAUAACAAGAUUACAUUUCAAUCUGCAUUACCUAAUCGAUUCACAGCUGGCCGAAGAUGCACCUACAGUUCAGGAUAUUUAAUUGCGGGCAUAACUGACCGUUACUUUAUUUAUUCUAAAGAAGCAACAACGAUAGAGGACCACAUGAAGGGGGACUUGGAACCUUUUGAAUGGUGUUGCCGAAAAUCUUCCUUAUGUAAUUUAUUCUAUGAAAAGCGACCUGUUGAUAAAUGUGAAAAUUAUACUUCAUUGGGUUUGGGUCAGGUUUAUGGAACUCUGCAUAUGAAAACAUUUGAUGGAGUUGAAUACAUAUUUCAUGGACUUGGAGAAUACGUCAUUGUCAGGCUGUCAUCGCCCAAAGGGAAUAACAUCUUUACUCUUCAAGGCCAAAGUAACCUAAUGAUCAAGAAUAGCACCUUUAAUACUCCUGUGAUCUUUGAAAAGUUGGCUGCCUUUUAUCAAGGGAUGGUAAUGAUGAAAGUAGAGUGGGCGUGUUCAAAGUCCGAAAAUGAACUUUCUGUUGCAGUUAAUGAUAAAGACAUCAUAUUAAAUAAGGCUGAAGAUUUAGAAGUAUACCGUUUCAGUCAGAACCAAUUGGCAUUGGUGUGUCAAAAGGGGAUCAGAUGCUCUGCAAUUUAUUUUUCUGGACUACAAGUAACGGUAGAAUUAGCCAUAGGUGGCUUUCUUCAGGCAACAGUCUACUUACCACAUUCUUUCUACAAGAGAACCCUCGGUCUACUUGGCUUGUGGAGCAGUACAGCAGCAGACGAGUUUUUGUUCCCAAACGGAGACCAUCUUAAGUUUCGUGCUGGCAGCUUUCCCACUGAAGAGGAAAUAUAUAAGUUUCAACAGUCCUGGCUUGUCCCACCACCAGAGAGUCUUUUUCCUUCACGCCAGCCUUUGAAAAUGUGGAAAACAUUUAAGCCAACAUUCUCAUCAGUACUCCUCGCAACUACGGAUGAUAAACUAUUGAAUGAUAUCAACAGGACCUGUUCGAGCAAUCCUGCAUGUGUUUAUGAUAUCCUUGUCACUAAUAAUACAAAUGUUGGGUUGCAAACCAAGAAUUACAUCAUAAAGUAUGAGAAAUCCACAGUGAUUUUUGGUAACAUGCCUCCGACUUUCAUUGGUCCCCGUUUAAUCCAAGUUAAAGUUAAUAGAACAACAAAGGUUCAGUUUACAGCUAAAGACCCCAACAAUGAUAAAGUCAGCUUUGCGUUAGUACCGCCUAUUCCUGAUGGAGCAUCAAUAAGCUCAGCCACAGGUCUACUGACCUGGACUCCACAGAACAUCAAACCCGUCCAGUUAACCAUUCAAGUGAAUGAUGACUUUAGUGGAUCAUUUAUGAUUCUCUCUAUCCUCAUGUGCAACUGCAUGAAUAAUGGUGAAUGUGAUUACAAUACCACCACACAGACCUACUUGCAGGGGAAAUUCCAGGUUGUUGGUUGUUUAUGCCCAGAGAUGUUUACAGGAGAGUUCUGCUCAGAUGUUCAGGAUCAUUGUAAAGGCCAUCCUUGCUUCCCAGGCUUGAAAUGUACAAACCAAAUAGGUCUACACAUUUUUCAAUGUGAUAGAUGCCCUUCUGCAACAAUUCCAAACGGUAAAGAGGGAUACAAAUGUUUCCGAAAUGGUGAGAAUUGAUUAAAAUAUGAUUUUGUGCUGACUUCAUUAGGUUAAAAUUAAAUCAGCUUUCCAGAGCAAAAUUUAAAGGGAAAUGUAAUAAAUUGGCCAUUAAUGAGAGUACCUAUCU